AGCGGUGAAUCGAAAGAAACGAUCAAAAAGACCGUUGAAGAUUAUCGUCUUAUCAUUACCAGCGUCAUUACUUUAAAGUCCAUCACACGAUCAUCGAUUAGGACUCCAAAUAUCAAGGUCGAA